GCGAUUCACUUGCUUGGUUAUUGUUCUGCAAUUAGCGAAGGAAGGGUAGCCGAGCAGGUCUCGGGUGGACUGACACGCGGAUCGUCUCACAGUCACGCCUGUUUCCUACAAUUAGCCAAGGCACACGUUCCACGCGAUAGCUUGCUCUCAGGUUCUCAUCCCUCUCUUCCUCUCUUCCUCUCUUCGACCGUCGCCCACCUCAGCGGUGACGACGGCCAGCGACAUCCAUCCAUCAUCGCCGACCAGAUUUCAUUUCUUAGGAUUUCUUGGUAUUCUCUCUUAACUAGACUUGACGCACACCUCAUCUUGGACACGCUUCAAUCGCAGUCCACCCUAAUCUAGGCGGUCACGAUGCCGGAAUACGUCUAUGCCCUGCAUGAUUUUGUUCCGGAGCACGAGGAUGAGAUUUCCUUCAGUGCGGGCGACCGCAUCGAGGUGAUCGAGAAGGAUGACAUGUACGGCGAUGGUUGGUGGCAGGGCAGAAAUUUAUUUGGAAAAGUUGGACUAUUUCCUCAGAGUUACACUACUUCAGAUCCUUCCGUCGUACAGAAUCCCGCAGCGCCACAGGCGAACGGACACGAUGCAGCAGCCUCUGCAGCCGCUGCCACCACUGCAUCGUUGCAGACACUUAAUGAAGAACCAGAGGAUGCUUCUGCUGCUACCCCUGAAGCCAACAAGAAGGAUGAGGGUCAAGGGGUAAUGAGAGCAACGCUGACGGAUGUCCAGGAAGCCAUUGAACAGCUCGGGCGCAAUGACCGGGACGGAAACGGCAGCUUUAGUUUCGCGAGCACUCACACCGAUACCGACCAUGAUACUGACACGGAUGCCAAUUCAAAUGCGGAUGGGUUGGGAGGCGAAUCCUGGCAUAAGGGUGCACGCAGUAACCUUGCGGAGAAAGCACGGCAGCAACAGGAGCUCCUAAAGCGAGAACAGGAAGUCUACGAGGCAGAACUGCAGCUGCAUGCACCGGUCCUCACGGAGCAGACUUCGGAGCCACCCAUUGCGUUUGAGAUGAGUGACGAGAGUGAGGACGAGGGAGACGAGGAGCUUGAGCAUGGUCCUGCGGCUGGCAUGCUUUUCCCGCGCCGUGAGCAUGAGCACAUCUCAGAGGAGGAAGAGGAUGACGCAGUCUCCGCGAGGCAACAACCAAAUGAUCAUCCCGUAACGCCUAGAGCCGUUAGUCAUUCACCAAAGCAUUCACCUUCACCAAAGCAGAAACCGAGCUCUAUCAGCACCCCUGAGAACGGAGACGACUUAGAAGGACAUCCACCGGAGACUGCUCGACAGGUCUCAUUCCCAACUGAGAAUCGAUCAGCAAGCGGGUCACCUUCUCGUGGUCUCGCCACUAAGGAACCCCAUCUGGAGAACGGUGCCAAAAUUAACCAACCAACAACCAGGGGAUCCCCUCGCCCUGCUUCACGGAUAAUCAGUCAGCCAAAAGGCAUGCCACCUCAAGGGCCCUUACCAUCGCCACCGUCGUCUCAGAAGGGUUCAGCUGCCAGUCAGGCACCGAAGUAUCAGACGUCACCGCCAUCUGAAUGGACUGUGGAUGAUGUUGUUGAGUGGGCGAAGAGCAAGGGCUUUGAUGAUAGUGUGACCGACAAGUUUGUCGAGCACGAGAUUUCGGGUGAUGUGUUACUCGAAAUCGACGCCAAUGUACUUAAGACUGAGCUAGAAAUUCACGCGUUUGGCAAGCGCACACGUAUCGCGAAGGAGAUUGCGGCGCUCCGGCCACCACCUCCGGAACCGUUGCAGCCUCCUCCGUCAGAUUCUCUUAUUCAUAGCCGUAGUGCAUCGCAAAGUGUUUCUUUGCCAGGCUCCACUCACCACUCAACUCGAAGUCCUUUGGGAUUCGGAGCCAUGCUUAGUCCUGAGAGUCCGCCGCAUACUGGUGAUCUUGCUGGCACUCCGGCUUUCGGCACGAUGCGCCGAGACUCUGACCCAGGUUCAUCGUUGCGUGUUAGUGAGACGGACCAGGAGCCCGAGUCGUCGACAGUGAACAAUUCAACUGUGAGUAGUUCGACAAUGGGACUGGGCAUUAGCAUGCCUACUGGAUCUGGGGAGCGCCUCGAGCUACCGAAAGGGAAGAACCGACCCGCACAUCUUAAUCUGUAUCCGAGUGACCCAGCACUAAACUCGAAAUCGAAGAUGGCGAAGUUCUCGCCGAAAUCCAUUGCGGAAGAGUCCCUCAGAGAGGAACGCAGUGCAAUGAGUGAUACGGAAUCCCCGCUUGCUCUCGAAUCGCGAAGCAAACGCCGUAGAAUAUUUGGUCGUUCAACAGGUUCAGCGAACUCGGAACAAAAGGAGAACGGAAGCCGUAACUCGAAGGAGCACCAACGUGACAUGGGUCCUGCGACGCCGAACUCAUUAUCAACAAGUAUUCCGGGCAGCCCUUCGACGAAACGCGGAUCAACGGAGGAUGGAAGCGUCAAGUACCCUCAACGCCGUAAACGGUCUGUUGAUACUUCAAAACCUUCGGACCGACUCAGCCUGUUCGGUGGUAGUUUGUCAUUAACUCGGUCCAGAAAACCAGCACCUCGUGUACAAUCAUACGCACACGAUGACCUGUUAACCGAAAAGCAGUCGCGUAGCUUAUCAAGGCUUUACCUUGGCGGUGGGAAUCGCAAAGCUAGUGGAAAGUCUCAAUUGACGACGGGGUCUGGUAAAGACGAUGAUGUAGACCCACGAGUACUGCGAAAGCGGACUACUUCCUCCCUUGCGGACAUACCAUCUGUACCUGGGCUUCCGGGGACAUUAAAGGCAGGGCAGAGCGUGCUCGAGCAGAUCGGAACCCCAGAUCAUAACGGAUGGAUGCGCAAGAAGGGCGAGCAUUACAAUACGUGGAAACUGCGAUACUUUGUAUUGAAGGGCCCUCAUUUGUAUUACUUACGGAGUAACAGCAAAGCGGAAACGAAGAUCAAAGGUUAUAUUAAUAUCAUCGGCUAUAAGGUUAUUGUCGAUGAGAACAUUAAUCCUGGAAAAUAUGGAUUCCGCCUCAUCCAUGAGACUGAGCGGACUCACUACUUCAGCUCGGACGAGUCGAUAACUGUCCGUGAAUGGAUGAAGGCUUUGAUGAAAGCGACUAUCGGACGAGAUUAUACCAAACCUGUCAUCUCGUCAUGUAACAUCCCCACGAUACCGCUCUCUGUUGCUCAGACCAUGAACCCAGCCCCACGGCCACCUUCGCCAACGCAGCGGGCCGCCACGCAAAAGGCAUUGCGGCGCGAAAACCCGAAUCAGUUGUCAAGUAGGGAUGCACGUAUUCUCAUGGGACUGCCUCAAGCACAAAACGGUACUGUUAAUGGUAACGAGAAUGGUGGUCCAGUUGACAUGCCGCCACGUAUUGGUGACGACCUCUUCAAUACGCUUGAAUCUCUUCCUGAGAACCCUCAGGAGCAAGUUCCUACGCCACGCAGUGGUGCAGCGACCAUUAGUGCACCACCUCCGGCCCGACCAAACAGAGAAACCCGGAGGACAAGCGUACCGGCUGUUGAUGGUCCAAGUGCGCCGGUAGACUUGAUACGAUGGGCAAAUAGCUAUCUACCUCCGAACCUCCAAGUGCAAGAGAACAGUGGACAGGUCUAUAGUGGUCUAGCUCUCUAUCGACUCGCGGAGGGUAUCAAAGGGAAGCCAUCGGAUCCGCCGGUCCCCGAUUCUGCGUUCCCAUCUGGGCCGAAUGACGACCGACUUGACGGGCUCUUUAAGCUGUUUGACUUGUUCCUUGAUAAUGACAUUCGCAUGGGGAAUGUGAGUAUUAAUGAUGUGAGACAGGGGAGGACGGAUAAGAUCGUGCAGUUGCUGCGGUCGUUACGUGCGUGGGAGGAGAAGAGGAAGGCUGUUGCGCGGUCGAUUGGGAGGAGUGCGGUGUCUGCUGGGCCGUUCAUGGCUAUGGAGCCUGCUGGCACUUCGAUAUCUGGCGCUUUGCAUGCUUGGUAAAAUUGAGUGUAUAGAUUCAUACUACUUUUCCUUUCUUCUUCAUGUUUGUGCUUCGUUUCUGGAUCCCAUGCUUUGCACGUUCUUUUUGUUUUUAUGUAGUCAUUCUCGUGUGUUCAUCCGCGUCACCCUCCACCCCCUCUUCUAGCUUUUCAUUCAUGGACACGUUGCUGCCUUAAUAAACGUUUCUUCUUUUUCCUAAGUUCAUUUCACUUUCCGUAAUUGUAAUGUUUCAUGUUAUUUGAAUUAUUUUUGCACUUCUUUUACUUCUUUUACGUGCGAUUGAUUGAUUGAUUCUUUAUUUCUUCAGCUGUCUUGCCUCUUAUUUGUUUCGCCUUUUUGUUUUGGCAAUGUGUAUUUACCAUGACAUAUACAUGCAUUCCAUCAU